UUUUCGUUUGCUUGUACACACUGGCCAAGUGAUAUAACCUAGCGACAAUUUGGCCAAGAAGUAAAACCCGAUUUAAUGAAUAAACUAUUGAAUAUAGCGCAGGCUGGGCAGCGCCAGUUUGUCAGGGAAUAUGCCUUCAAGUCGGAUCUGAAAAUUAAAUGGGUGCGCCCCGAGAAGAUCGCGUGCUUCAAGCCGGAGAAGAGCGGCGACCUGGGCAAGCUUCCUCCUCUGAAUGCCGAUGAACUGCUGCCGGACUAUAGGGACUGCAAGGAGCUGGAGAAAGCCGACGAGUUGGUUAAAUCGCAGUUCAAGCUGAGCAACAAUGCCAGCUACCUGACCACAAAGUUCUAUCGCGAUGAGAUGGUAAAGGAGGUGCAAAGACAUGCCCAGGAUUUCGGGUCCAUGGAGGCCAAGUUGGCCAAAAUGACUGCUGUGAUCCGCCGCUACCAGGAGCACAUGGAUACUCAUCCGCGCGAUAAGAUGAUCAAGGUGCGUCUUAAGGAGCUCAUCGACAAGCGCAAGAAGUUCCUCAAGUACCUGCGACGCUGGGACUAUCCACGUUUCGAGUGGAUUCUUGAGAAGCUCGAUCUGGUGUAUAAGCCACCGCCCACACAUUUCCACUGGAUCACCCGAAAGGAGUCCCUACAAAAGUUGACCGACACCUACUGUGAAAACUUAAAGGAAGAGCGUCUGGAGGCAUACCACAAGCAGUUGCAGGCUCAGCAGAUACCCUUCCUGGAGGAGGCCAUCAAGAAAAUGCAGUUCGUGCGGCAGGAGCAAAUAUCCUGCGAUGUGCCCGUUACCGUGACCGAAGAGCAGAUCGCCGACUCCAAGAGGCAGCUGGCCCAACUCAAGGAGCUGCAACAGGCGGAGGCAGCCGCCAGCAGCCAGAAACAAAACGAUGAUGGCUUCAAUUAGGCCCGAUUCUUUAAUGUUACGGUGUCUUACAAUAAAUGUAAAUGCUGAUGUUCUUAAA